AUUCCUGGAAAUCACAAAAAGUGCGGAGGCUUUGAGAUCUUCUUCGCCUUUUCUUUCUUUUUCUUUUCUUUUUUUUUUUCCUCCUCCCUUUUCCCUCUCCUUUCCUGGCGAGGGUGACUAGGAGCCGGCGAAUCCGCGUUUUUUCUCCUCUCUCUCUCUCUCUCUCUCCUCUCUCUCUCCCUCCCUUUCCCCCUCCCCACCCCCUCCCCAACAGCCCCCAACUACAGCCUCCGCCGCCGCCGCCGCCUCAAAAUUCAAUAAAAUGAGCUCUUAUUUCGUCAACUCACUGUUCUCCAAAUACAAAACCGGGGAGUCCCUGCGCCCCAAUUAUUAUGACUGCGGCUUCGCCCAGGACCUGGGCGGCCGACCCACCGUGGUGUACGGUCCCAGCGGCGGCGGCAGCUUCCAGCACCCGUCGCAAAUCCAGGAGUUCUACCACGGGCCGUCGUCGCUGUCCACGGCUCCCUACCAGCAGAACCCGUGCGCCGUGGCGUGCCACGGGGACCCCGGCAACUUCUACGGCUACGACCCGCUGCAGCGCCAGAGCCUGUUCGGAGCGCAGGACCCGGACCUGGUGCAGUACGCAGACUGCAAGCUCGCCGCCGCCAGCGGCCUGGGCGAGGAGGCCGAGGGCUCGGAACAGAGCCCGUCGCCCACACAGCUCUUCCCCUGGAUGCGCCCGCAAGCCGCCGGACGCAGGCGAGGCCGGCAGACUUACAGCCGGUACCAGACCCUGGAGCUGGAGAAGGAGUUCCUAUUUAACCCCUAUCUGACUCGCAAACGGCGGAUCGAGGUGUCGCACGCGCUGGGACUGACAGAGAGACAGGUUAAAAUCUGGUUCCAGAACCGGAGGAUGAAGUGGAAAAAGGAGAACAACAAAGACAAGUUCCCCAGCAGCAAAUGCGAGCAGGAGGAGCUGGAGAAGCAGAAGCUAGAGCGGGCCCCGGAGGCAGCGGACGAGGGCGACGCGCAGAAGCCUGAAAAGAAGUAGUGGGCUCCAGCUGGGACUGCCAGGGCCGCGGCCGCCCGCCCGCCCGGCCCGCCCGAGCGCGCCCGGCCCAGCGAGCCAGCGGGCCCGGGGCCUCCCACCGCAGCGACCCCGCCGCGCCAAUCCCCGCUAGUGGUAGUUUCUCGUAAUAGCUUCUGUGUGUGAGCUGCCGUGGAUUCUCUUCCCUUCUCUCGGGCCCGGGGCUGGGGGGGGGGUCGGAAAAAAAAAAGAGAAGGAUUUUCAGCAAGGACUCCCUCGCCCCGCGAGGGCGAGCGGCUGCGGCCCAGGCUGCGCCCCCCUAGUGCCCUCCCCCUUGUAAAAAGCUUCCUUGUGCAAUGUUUUUUUUUUCUUUGAACGUGCUUCUUUGUAAUGACCGAGGUACCGAUUUCUGCUAAGUUUUCCCAACAACAUGAAACUGCCUAUUCACGCCGUAAUUCUUUCUCCCUCCCUUUCUCUCUCUCUCUCUCUCUCUCUCUCUCUCUCUCUCUCUCUCUCGCCGCGUCCUCAUUUCCCCUCCUCUGUCCCCACCGCCGCCCCCACCCCCCAGCUCGCUGGCUUUCUCUCUCUGGCUUCUCUCUUUUCCUCCCCUCCUUCGGUUUGACAAUUUUGUCUUAAGUGUUUCUCAAAAAAAAAAAAGGUUACCUUAGUUAGCAUGCGCGCUGUGGGCAAUUGUUAAAAGUGUUCUUAGGUUUACUGUGAAGAGAAUGUAUCCUGUAUCCGUGAAUUACUUUAUGGGGGGAGGGAGGGAGGGCUAA